UGAAUUGGUCUGACAAGAAACAAUCAAGAAACAAAUGAAGCAACAGACAAACAUCAUCAGUCCCUUAAAAGAAAUUUAUUGACAUGAAGAAACUAUCAAACUUCAAUCAGGUCUACCCAGGAGCAAAAGAGGUCAGAACAACUCGUUUUCCAUUACAGAAUGCCAAGAGAGCCAGAACCCAGAUCAGAUUAUGCACUGACCGCCAUAAGAACCAGACGGAACAAUCACAGAGCUAAGCCUGGUCUCAAGUUUUUCAAAGCUGCUGCUAAGAAAGUUGCUGCAUUUUUCACUUUUUCUCUCGGUCAGAGCAAGCCGUCCACAAAAGAUGCUGUUCUUACUUAUGCCAACACAAUCACCAGUCAAACCAGAGGAUCUUCCUUUUCAUCAAAUCAUUCGACUGGAAGCAGCUAUACCCAGAAGUCAGGAAAAUUGAGGUCCUCCGGUUCGCUUUAUAGUUCUAAUAACAAUUCUAGAAGUGAACAGAAUGGGAUAGUUAUUUUCUCGUUUCAAGAGAUUCAGAAAGCAACUGGGAAUUUCUCUCUGGCAAAUAAAAUUGGAGAGGGGAGAUUUGGGACAGUGUACAAAGGAAGGCUUAAUAAUGGAUCUAUGGUUGCUGUAAAGCGAGCUAAAAGGAACAACAAUGGGAAGUGCUUUUCUCAGGAAUUCAAGAAUGAGAUAUUUACAUUGUCCAAGAUCGAGCAUCUAAAUUUGGUGAGGUUAUUCGGGUUUCUGGAGCACAAAGAUGAACAGAUUCUUUUGGUUGAAUUUGUUGGCAAUGGAACUUUGCGAGAACAUCUGGAUAAUGUUCGAGGAAAUGGACUUGAAAUGGCAGAACGUCUGGAUGUUGCCAUUGAUGUAGCUCAUGCCAUCACCUACCUUCACAUGUACACAGAUCCUCCGAUAAUCCACAGAGACAUAAAAGCAUCAAACGUCCUCAUCACAGAGAAACUCCGGGCAAAAGUGGCAGAUUUUGGCUUUGCACGGAUGGCUGUGGAAGAUCCUAGUGCAACUCAUAUUUCAACACAAAUCAAAGGGUCAGUUGGCUAUGUGGAUCCUGAAUACAUGAGGACGUAUCAACUCACUGAAAAGAGCGAUGUCUACUCCUUCGGUGUCUUGCUUGUGGAGCUAAUGAGCGGAAGACGCCCUAUUGAACCAAAGAAGCAACUGAAAGAGAGGGUAACUGUUAGAUGGGCAUUGCAAAAGUUAAAAGAAGGAGAUGCUAUAUUCUUGAUGGAUCCAAUGAUGAAGAGAAGUCCAGCAUCAAACAAGGCAAUGGAAAGGGUGCUUAAACUGGCUCACCAGUGUCUCGCACCAGUGAGACACUCAAGGCCUUCGAUGAAAAAAUGUGGCGAAGUGUUAUGGGGAAUCCGGAAAGAGUUCAGAGAAAACACCUUCUCGGCUUCUCAGCACUCCGCAAAUUUUGUCAUGAAAGAUGCAAAGAAUGAGAGGAAGGUAUUAUUUGGGAUUCAAGAUGGUGAUAGCCAUGACUUCAUUUCUGCAUAAAGCAUAUUACUUCUGGAAUUUCAUUUGAGUGAGGUACUUACAUGUAGUACAAGUCUCAAUUUGAUCAUCCAUAUAUAAUUCUUGAUGAGAGAUUGAUUAAUCUUGUUAGUUGUACAACUAAAGAUAAUGUUGUAUUCACUUUCUAUAUUUGGAAAAAAUCAUGGGUGAUUUUUGAGUUUUGUA